AUACCACCACAAGACCGUUCGGGAACAAUCAGAGUUUUCCUCUUUAUGUAGCCGCUGCAAGGACUUUCUGCAAUAGAGUUAGAAAAAUGACCCGAUGGAGAUCCAUGUGUUGCUGCACCGGAAAUGCCUACAAACAGGAAUUCAUUGAAUUGCUAAAGAUGGCGUGGCCGAUGGCAUUAACACAGUUCCUGAUGUUCCUCCCGGUAUUUGUAAGUCAGGGCUUCUGUGGACACUUAGGGAAGGACACUAUAGACGGAGUCGCAUUGGCCUCAACAAUUAUCAACGUGACUGGCAUGUGUGUGCUACUAGGACUGUCAUCGGCUGUUGAUACUUUGUUCUCCCAGACGUUUGGGAGCGGGAAUCAGGAGAAAGUAGGGAUCAUCCUACAAAAAGGUAUAUGGAUCUUGAUGCUGUCUUGCUUGCCGUGCUGGGCAGUGUUUUUGAAUGCUGGAAUCAUUCUACAAGCCAUUGGUCAGGACAAAGUCGUAUCAAGAGUUGCAGAGGAGUACGCCACUGUUUUCAUAGCAGGUCUACCGGGAUACGGCCUAAACAUUUUGCUAUCAAAGUACAUCCAAGUUCAGUCUAUCGUAAUACCAAGCCUCCUGAUCGGACUGAUUAUCAAUUUGUUGAACGGUGGAUUUCAUGCCUUGUUCAUUUACGUGUUUGAAAUGAAUACAAGGGGAGCUGCACUGGCUGCUGUGUUAACACACUGGAGCUCGGUUUUAUUCCACGUUUUGUUCAUUACUUGUAAAGGAUAUUACAAAACAACAUGGACAGGCUGGAGUAAAGAAAGUUUCAAUGACUGGGGACACUACGUCAAGUUGGCCAUCCCAGGGCUUCUGAUGAUUUGUAUGGAGUUCUGGGGACUUGAGAUCAUAGUUCUUCUGAGUGGGUAUUUAGGUAAAGCCGAUUUAGCAGCAAACACAAUCGGAUAUUACACCGGGGGACUUUCAUAUAUGAUUAUCUUUGGAAUGUCCCUGGCAGCUGGCAUGCGUAUAGGCCUUCUACUAGGUGCUGGAGAUUCCGAACAAGCUAAAAUUGCUUCUAGAGUAGCCCUGUGUUGUAACUUAAUCAUUGCCUUUGUAAUAGCCAUCUUGUUUGCUUCUCUAAAGGAUUAUAUCCCAAAGAUAUUUAGCAGCGAUGCUGACGUUUUAGAGUUGGCAUCACCUGUAAUGCUACAACUUGCCAUUUACAAGGUGUUCGAUACAACACAGGCUAACUGUGGAGGAAUACUUCGUGGCAUUGGUCUCCAUGCCUUUGGAGCUAUUUUUAACUUUAUUGGCUACUACGUCAUAACUUUACCAAUUUCUAUACCUUUGAUGUUGAGAACACAUUUAGGUGUUUCAGGGGCCUGGUGGGGCAUGAUAAUUGGUUCUUUUACUGUUUCUGUGAUAUACUUAAUAAAAAUAUUCACCAUUGAUUGGGAGAAGGAGGCAGAGAAGGCUUUAGAACGCGCCGGUGUCAAUAGAACAGACAUAGACACUAAACCUAUAAUAGAUCACGAUGAACUGAAAUCAAUACGAAUGACAGAAUUUAGUGACGAAAAUAAGAACUACAACUCUAUGAACGACGUACAGGAGCCAUUUAAUGAAUCAGAGACGCAAUCAUCUUAUCACAAAAAUGUGCUCUCUAAAAUAUUGUGUUUAACAUUUCUUAUCAUAAUAUUUUUUGCUGGUUUAUGUAUAAGAAUAUUUGUUGAUAUUGGACUAAUAUAAGCAACGUUAACGUCACGCUGAUACAUAUUGAUAUCAAUCAACUUUUGAAUAAUCAACUUUCGUUUUUGUUCAUGAUCAUCCACAUUUUUGUUCAUUAUCCAGCCGACGCACUAUAUUCAAAUUACUUAUGUAUCUUAAAAAUGAAUUUAAAACUACUAUUUUAUUAGUUGAAUUUAUAAUAGAAAUUUAAUACAUGUUUACAGCUGCUUAACUCAGACAGUGCACAGAUAUUUUGGGGAGAGUAUCUACGUUGUUAGUAUAGGUCUGUACAGAUUUUACAGUUGUGAACAUACUUGCUUUUGAAUUUAAGAUUCAAAUAUUUAUGCAAAAAUCAUAUUAUUGAUUAGGGUAUUGGCACAUUUAAAUGUGUAAAUUUGUAAUUACUCUUUUCUAUCUUAUCGCAUUCAUUUUAAACUGGGAAGUUUUUCUGACAACUUGGUAUAUCAAAGCUGACGGCAGCAUGAUUAUUUUGUGCAGUCCGUGAUUUUUCUUAGUUUUCUUAACUUUUGAUAUUUGUCA